UUGCAAGAGGCAAAAACAUGCGUCGCAACUACACCUAUCAAUGCACCUUCGACUCUACCCGAAUCGAGAGUUCUGUGCCUCUACACGGGCGGUACGAUCGGCAUGAAAAGUGAGGAUGGAGUUUAUUCACCGAAGGCUGGCUACUUACCACAAGUGCUUCGUACGAUUCCACCUCUCAACGACAAGAAGUUCAUCGAUCAAAACUUUGCCAACUGCCUCGUUAAACCGUAUGCGUUGCCACCAGUGAGGUUCACUGAAAAACGAGUUGUUUACUGGAUAGUUGAAUAUGAACCGCUUUUGGACUCCUGUGAUAUGACGUUUGACGAUUGGAUUCGUAUCGCGUCCGAUAUAAAAAAGGCUUACCAUAAUUACGACGGGUUUGUAGUGCUGCAUGGCACAGACACAUUAGCAUAUACGGCUAGCGCCUUAUCGUUUAUGAUGGAGAAUCUCGGUAAACCGGUGAUAAUUACUGGUAGUCAGAUACCGGUCGCUGAAGUCCGCUCAGAUGGUAUGGAAAAUCUUAUAGGAGCAUUAGUGGUCGCUGCGAACUUUGACAUUCCUGAGGUGUGCGUUUAUUUCAACAAUAAGCUGAUGAGAGGGAAUCGUACCAUCAAGCUUGACAAUGCUGCUCUUGAAGCUUUUGACAGUCCAAAUAUGCACCCCUUGGCCAAAAUGGAUAUCAAAAUCAAAGUUUAUUACGAUUCAAUCUUCCGCAAUCCCAAUGUGAAUCCUUUCACCGUGCACGAUAAUCUUUGUCGAGACGUGGGACUGCUGCGAAUUUUCCCUUCCAUGAGCAUUGAAUCGGUACGCGCAUUCUUGAAACCACCAACGAAGGGUGUCAUACUGCAAACAUUCGGUGCUGGUAACAUGCCGACAAGGCGAAAGGAUAUUAUUGAAGCUCUAACCGAAGCAAUCAGUAGAGGAUGUCUUAUUGUCAACUGUUCACAGUGUGUCAAGGGACAAGUGGAUGUGAACUACGCUACGGGAAAGGUGCUCUAUGAUAUUGGUGUAAUACCGGGAUCGGAUAUGACAUCAGAAGCAGCAAUGGCUAAAAUGUGCUACGUGCUGGGUAAAGACGAGUGGGAUCACGAGACUAAGCGAAUGAUGCUUCAAGCAAAUCUUCGCGGCGAGAUGACCGUGACUAAUCAGGCGGUUGCGAUGCGCGAACUUGAUAUCAUCCCUCAUAUCGCUAGAUGCUUGCGAUUGUCGUCGGGUACUGAGGUACAACUGAUUCGAGACACUAUUCUUCCACCAUUGGUGUGCAGCGCUGCGAAGACAAACAAAGUGGAAAUUCUCAAAAGUAUCAAGGAGUCUGGUGUAAACUUCUCCGUAUGUGACUAUAAUCUCCGUACAGCCUUGCAUGUAGCAGCGACUAGCGGAAAUUUGGAGGCCGUGAGAUAUUUGCUCAGCAUCGGCGCAAAUGUUCACGUCAAGGAUCUGUUCGGAUACAAUCCUCUUCUAUGUGCGGUGAAGGCAAAAGCGCUUCCUUGUGUUGUAGCGCUUCGUGAUGCUGGUGGACUGCUUCGGUUAUCUGCCCAUGGCGAUGUUGAACAACUGAAAUGUUGGGAAGCAGCGGGCAGUGAUCUGUCUGCAACGGAUUAUGAUAAGAGAACUGCACUGCAUGUGGCGGUCACACACAAUCAGCCGGAAGCAGUGCGAUACUUGUUGGAGAAGGGUGUUGAUCCCUAUGCUGUUGACGAAUUCGGUACAACUCCAUUUAGUGAAGCCAAGAGAAAAAAUUAUGAACCGGCCUUGCACUUCUGUAGAGAUCUAUCAUGA